AUGGGAGCCAAGCCCUCGGUGCACGGAUAUUUCGGGCAGUGUGCGCUGGGGCGCUGGGCGCUGGGCAGAGUCUCCAGGUCGUCUCCAGGUCCUAGGUCCAGCCCACCUUCGCCGAUACGUACCUUUUCUCCCUCCUUGCUGCCCCCCGUCUUCCCCGUCCGUCACCAUUUCUCUCCCGUCGCCUCUCCCAAUUCCCGCUGGUCACUGGAUCGAAGUCUUCGCCGUCGUCUAAUUGUCCCGUCUUUUCUCGUCCCUUUCUCGGCUUCUACUCCUUGUUCUGCCGCAGAUGUUGCCCAGAGCCUCGAAUGCCCGUCCACUUUUUUUUGUGCAGAAUUCGAGAUGCCGUAUUCAUCAGGUACCUUGACGUUAUUCACUUGUGCUGAGCACUGUCUGUCGUCUGCCCCGUCUGGCCUCAGUCUCGGCCUGUCUCUUUUGCAUCUUUUCUCUCUCCCCUCACGAUCCUACAAUGAGGCAGUGAGAGUGAGACAGCAUAGAGAAUAA